ACAAAUACGUAUUAUUUGUUGCUAUUAUUGUCGUUUAAGUUGUCAGAAGUGCCUGAACCAUUUCCUUUAUCGCAUUUUCGACAGUUAAAUACAUUAUGUAAGUUUUCAACAUGCAAAAAAUGCAUGGUGUAAAACAGCAUCGAAUUCCUGUAAUUCAGGAGUGCAGUCUUUCUCCUUUCAGACAGUCUAUUCCUUUAAGAGAUUCUUUAACAGCUAUUGGAGGAAAUGCGUGGCGCUGUCCACCAAUAAGGUGCUGGAUUCUGUUCAGUGAUCAACUAUCCCUCCCCUUGUAAAGCAGCGCAACCUCGCAGUGCUUGGAUAUACAUGUGAGACGAGAUGGAUUUCUGUUUCCUUUUUUAUUUUAUUUUUCCAAAAUUUCCGCGUUAUAGUGUUUUUUUAAGUAAUGGCUGUUUUGUGCGAAUUAGUGCUCUUACCGUUUGACAGUGGAGGCUUGACAAGAUCCCAUGGAUUUAUAAAUACAUGUUAACCUAUAUAUUUGAUCUGACGAAGUUCUUUUUUUUUCCACAAUGGAAUGCAGUAAAACGAAACGCUCUUUGCACUGGCAAGUAUUGUGUUUCUAUGUCUCCUGUCAUUGGAUUUCUGCUUACUGUCAGCUUAAAUAUUCCGUCCCAGAAGAAUUAAACACGGGUGCGUUUGUUGGAAAUAUUGCAAAAGAUUUAGGACUGGAUGUAGCAAAGAUUUCUGAACGCAACCUGCGAAUUGUCUCUGAUUCCAGUAUGCAGUAUUUCGAGGUGAGCUCGGAGAACGGAGCUUUGGUUAUUAAAGAUAAAAUAGACCGAGAACAGAUAUGUGGGUUAAGCUUAACGUGUUCCCUGCACCUCCAGUUAGUGCUUCAAAACCCGUUGGAAUUGUACCGAGUGGAAGUGCAGAUACUGGAUGUCAAUGACAACGCACCUCAAUUCCCAGCGAAAAAUAUAUCGUUGGAGAUUUCAGAAGCUGCUACACCGGGAACACAAUUUCACCUUGAGCGCGCACAGGAUCCAGAUGUUGGCUCCAAUUCUUUACGCACCUAUGUUCUGAGCCCUAAUGACUGUUUUAUUUUAAACGUGGAGACAAAAAGUGAUGGUAGUAAAUUUCCUGAACUGGUACUAGAGAAAGCUCUUGACAGGGAAAAACAGUCUGUGUAUAAUCUACUUCUUACUGCAUUUGAUGGAGGAACACCUCAGAAAUCUGGGAUUACCAAUGUAAUAAUCAAAAUACUUGACGUAAAUGAUAAUGCACCAGUCUUUGAUAAGGCAGUUGAAAAGGUAACCCUACUUGAAAACUCGUCAACUGGUACAAUAGUUGCAAAACUAAAUGCAUCUGAUAUGGAUUAUGGACUGAAUGGUGAAAUACUGUAUUUGUUUAGCAAGUACACGUCAGAAACAGUUCGUCAGCUGUUCAAUGUGGACCCCAGAUCUGGGGAAAUCACAGUAAAUGGUGUCAUAGAUUUUGAGGAAGGCAAUGUGUAUGAUAUUAAUAUACAAGCCAGAGAUAAAGGAAGCCCUGCUUUGGAAGGAUCUUGUAGCAUUAAAGUGGAAGUGAUUGAUGUGAAUGAUAAUGCUCCACAGCUGACAAUAACGUCCAUGUCCAGUCCUGUUGCAGAGAAUGCUUUACCUGGAACUGUAAUUGCACUCCUUAGUGUAAGGGAUCGGGACUCAGGGCACAAUGGGGAGGUGCUUAUGCAGAUACUUGAAAGCAUGCCAUUCAAAUUAAAGUCUUCCUUUCACGGCCACUACUCCUUGAUAACUGAUGGUCCCCUGGAUCGUGAAACAGUUCCCGAAUACAACAUCACGGUCACAGCCACUGAUUCGGGUUCCCCUCCACUAUCCUCUAGUAUAAUCCUGCCUGUCAGUAUUUCAGAUGUCAAUGACAAUGCUCCAGUGUUUUCUCAACCUUCAUAUACAGUCCACAUACAAGAAAACAAUGCCCCCGGAGCUACUAUUUGUUCUGUAACAGCAUUUGAUGCUGAUGUGGGCAAAAACUCCCAGCUUUCUUAUUCUGUCUUGGACAGCACAAUCCAAGAAACAUCAGUUUCCUCUUAUGUGUACAUUAACUUGGAGAAUGGGAACAUUUACUCCAUGCGAUCCUUUGACUACGAGCAGAUUAAAGUUUUCCAA